CUGGAAGAAGAGUUGUCCGCCCACAUGAAACUGACCUUGACCGAGCAGUUUUACGUCAACUACAGUCGUGACGACACCAACACUCUGGCCACCGAUCUGUGGAAUAAAAUUCAGAGAGAGGUCAGUCCAUACGUAUGUGCGCCAUUUUCUAUCACGUGAUGCAUCAUGUGACAAUGUCUGCGGGAGCGUUGGUUGAUAAGAGCCACUUAGGGAUGUUCAAAUUUGAGCUGGUUCUACCCUCCAAGGUUCCCUGUAGCUAGCUGUUUACAUUACAGGGGGGCCAGAGACGGGGUUGGAAAUUGUAUGAUGCCAUUAAUUUCUUAUACUCUUUCCAAACAAAAAGAUGGUCUUCUGAAAGAGAAUGGUAUGAGUGCAGUUUUGUAAGUGGGGGGGGGGUUUUGCGGGAACUGAUGGGACUGAGACUGUUGCAAUGUCAAUAGUUAUUGUAUUACUUAUGUCACAGUUUCACUGUUGCGGUGUCAGUGGAGGACUCAAGAGGGGGGGGGGGGGUUUUGCGGGAACUGAUGGGACUGAGACUGUUGCAAUGUCAAUAGUUAUUGUAUUACUUAUGUCACAGUUUCACUGUUGCGGUGUCAGUGGAGGACUCAAGAGUAGUUGGUCCUGGUGGCUGUAUCAGAAAAGCAAAUGGUUUGAACAACAAAAAGGUAAAAAAAAAUUGUACUUUUCACAUUUUUUUAUUGGCCUGACAUGGGGCAGUGUGUUUUACUGGGGUGGGGAUGAGGGCUGUUGGUCAUUAUUUUAAAUUAUAUAUUUUUUUUUUAAUUGAGUAAUUACACUGUUCCUACUUUUUAAAAAUAAUAUUAUCGUUUGAUUCUCUCUGCGUUUAAAUUUUACCACGCACGAGGAGGACAGCACGUAAUUGUUAAUGGAAGAACUAUGGCCAUUUUAAUCCCAAUUUUUAAACUAAAAAAACAGGCCCGGAUGAAUUCAAGAAUUACGUCCCCGAAAGUUGCUGUGACGUGACUUUGGCCAACCUCACCGAGUGCCAGAGGCUGCAGGAUUCCGGCGGUCCUGUGUUUAUACCAGCCCAGAGGCAACCUUCCAUGGUCACCGACCCCAACCCGGCUUUAUACCACAAGGUUGGUAGGUUUUCAUCUUUCAUUGGUCAUUAACGUUUUAAGACUGCCUUUGACGUUGGGUAAUCACAUACUCUUUCAAUGUUGAGAAAGGGGCGCUGGAUCAGUGGCGUAAGAAGGGGGUGCAGAGGGGCGGCUGGCCCCGGGCGGACAUUUUUUUUUUAUAAGAGGGGCGGCAUUUUCGACCAAAUGGAGAGGGGUAUUGUUUGUUUUUUUUCUCACGGGAGCGGCAAAAUUCUUGGCCCACCCCAAUAGGCACUAAUCCUAUCUAAAGACAAUUGGCUUGAUGUUUUGACUUGAAAGUCUGCAACCACUGCCUUGUGGGUUUUUGAGAGAGUACAUUUAAAUAAACUUAGUGCCUCUCCGUGAAUUUUCAUUUUAUUCUGUACCUCGAAUUCCUGUCGGCUGCAACUGACAGAGCUGCUGUUGAGUGUGAAUCAAGCAUUGGGGCCACAUUAUCAUUUUUGUUUAUCUACACGUUCCAAUACACGACUGAACGGAGCAUAAUUGUAUUUUAACCAAAUAGUUUUGCACUUACCUCAGCACAAUCUUUUCCAGCGUUCCAUUUCAAGAAUGAAUAUUAAUUUAAUAUAAUUUGAUUCCAGUUCCAGAGCACUUGAUAGAUUUCUUAGAGGAGUAAUUGCUGUUUGUAAUAUUUAAAAAAAAACAACACUUUUAUUGGCUGCUCUUGUAAUUAUAAAUAUUAACAUAAAGUCACACCAUGAACAUGAACACAUUGUACAUCUAAUUUUUAAACGUUGAAUCCAUCAGUCAUGCAAUAAGUCCCGUAUAGUGACUUUAAUCUCCCAUAAUCCAAACUAGGGAUGUUACGACGCCGUCAGGGAAUCCAUCACGGAAAACAGCGCAGUUAUUGCUGCAGUUAUCCUUGUAACCAUAUUAAUCACGGUAAGCAGCAUUCAUCUUUUUUUUAGUUGUUACAACUAUUAUUUUAUGUAACAGCUAAUAAUUAACAAAAAGAGAUAGGACUUCCCUCAUCGAACUAGGUUUAAUAUUAGUACGAUUUUUUUUUUUUAAAUUAAAAAACACAAAAUUCUCACCCUUCGGCCCAACAUCUCAUUUCUCAUUGAAGUUCCUGUUUGCCUUUGUACUGCUCAUAUCGCUCCACGGCUAUACCUUUUCGGUUCAGGCUUCGUCCUUGCAUUGACAUUCCAACUUUUAAGCGGCUAUAAAUGUAUAAAACCUCGUAUGUUGACACAAUUGAAGAACCGUGUCCAUGCUGUCACAAUUCGAUAAGGGCACAGAUAACUUAUGUCUUAAGUGUUCAAGUCCUGGGUUAUGGACAUUAUGAAAGGGAUGAGCCACUUUGUACUUAUAAAAUGUCUUAUGGCGUCAAGCUCAGCGAGGACACGGUGUCUAAAUAACCUGGAGAGAUUUGAGUAACCACCAGGACGUGCGUGUAUUUCUUCUGGUUUAAACCACAAAGUGUCCGCCCUUCGCGGUCACCCCCCCCCCUUAAACCCACAAUAGGUGCACCUCUGUUCAUACACCGAAGAGCCCGUUGAGAUAUUAUUGAAAUUAUUGCAUGGAAUAGUUUGUAAGGACUGCUCCUACUUCGAUGGUCAACAAUAUUGAUUUUAAUGAAUACUCCACAAAUUAAUUUUUUUUUUUCUAGACAUUCUAGAGAUUCAACUGUAAUUAUGCAAAGAUAACUCCUAAGUUCAACAAGCUCUUCGUCAAAUAUAUGUAACGCUUGUGUCCCUAGCAACCAGAGACAACCCUCAUUUCAAUGAGACACUCGUUUGAUCUUUUGUUUUCAGGUUAUUUGUAUCGCCUUAGCGGCAUGCGUCUGUAUGGAAAUCAGAUACGACAACUACGUUGUUUGAGGACCACUGAUUGCGUCUGUUGCGUCGAAGGUGCAUUUCAGAUGGAUGACAUGAGAACGCACAGAAAUAUCAUAUUAGAUAAAAAGAGAUCGUUGGAUGUACCGGUACGUAGAUAAAUCGGAGAGUGCAAAAGACCCCUUGAUGUGUAUAAGUAUUAAGUCUUGAGAGUCCUAGGUCCAUGUGUCAGAUGCUUCCAAUUCAAGGACCAGAACUGAUUUCGAAUAUAGAGAUCAUUUGAUGCAUGUAGAUAAACACAGACACAUGAAGGACCACUAUAUAUCUGCACUGAACAAAAAUGAACAUUAUCUAUCCACUAUGUGUUUCUCAACGAAAAAUGUCUGUUUAAAUUUUACGAUAACCGUUCAUGGAAUUUACACAUCAUUUCUGUUGGCAGAGACAAACCAUGUGAAUAAGGCGCGAACGACUAGGAAAAAAUGUCAGCCUGUAGAGAUCUAAAGCUGUAAAUACAUAUGGGAACAGUACUGAACGCUUUCAAUAUAGACAUGCAUGUCCUACUGGGAGAACUUCUGAACGUCUAUUUGAAGACAUAUUAAGCUGGAUAUUACGAGAACCACCAAAACUAGCAAUAAAUGAGUGAACUAUGCAAUGAAUGUAGAGCGUUAUCUGAUGAUCGUGUGGCUGAAAUGUGGGAUCAUAAGGUCACGACUAAAACUACACCAUGUGGUCGACUGAAUCGAUGUGGUCGGGUUUAAAAAUAUAGGCAGCCUGUCUAAUGCCGACCAAUGUUGGGAGUGCGGUAAACUUCUGUGACGCAAGACAGUCAGCAUUCAUCAAUAAACAAAUUGCAGAGACAUUACACACCACCAAAUAAUCCAGCACCAAAAACCAUGUAGUUAUUAUGAUAAUAAGGGACGAGUAUUUUGUCACUGGGAUAAACCACACCGAGGCCGUCACGCCAGCAGGCUUUCUAUUAGAUAAAAAGUGGAUGCACUGGAUCUAUAUAAAAACCAGCCAAAAUGGAUUGCAAGCGUUGCAAACAAAGAGAUCUACAAUUAAUUGUUUCACUGGGUCUAUUUCUGUGCAUAUCAUUAAUCCUUGAAAAUCAAGGGUCUCUUAAACAAAGUGUGCCCGACCCACUUGUGUGCCCGAACCACCUGUAUGCCCGAACCACUUGUGUGGCCGAACCACCUGUAUGCCCGAACCACCUGUGUGCCCGAACCACUUGUGUGGCCGAACCACCUGUAUGCCCGAACCACCUGUAUGCCCGAACUACUUGUGUGGCCGAACCACCUGUAUGCCCGAACCACCGGAGGUGCGGGAGGCAUUUUCAGGGGAUGCUGGAAGUGGAAGAACCAGACAUUUGUGACGCAAAAAACAAAACAAAAAACAACCAGAAACAUGAGGGUAAAUAGAAAAAAAUCAUAAGAUGAGAGCUGAUUGUUUCUCAUAAACUAAAAGGUUAUACAUAUGUGUCACGUCUGUGUUAUGCAUAUAGGUGUCACAUCUGUGUUAUGCACGGGUGUCACAUGUGUGUUAUGCACAGGUGUCACGUCUGUGUUAUGCAUAGGUGUCACAUCUGUGUUAUGCAUAGGCGUCACAUCGGUGUUAUGCAUAAGAGUCACAUGUGUUGUGUAUAGGUGUCACAUGGGUGUUAUGCACGGGUGUCGCAUUUGUAUUAUGCACAUUUUUGACACAUCGAUGUUAAGCAUAGGAGUAGCAUCAGCGUUAUUUAUAGGUGUCACAUCUGUGUUAUGCAUAGGUGUCACAUCUGUGUUAUGCAUAGGUAUCACAUCUGUGUCAUGCAUAGGUGUCACAUCUGUGUUACGCACAGGUGCCACAUCUUAAUUUUAACAUAUUAAAUAUGUAACGUUUUAUCAAAGAGCACAAAUGUGAUUUGUGUAUGCAUUAAACUGACUUGGCAACAUCCGAGGAGUGUGGGGUAUGAAUAUUUUGAAAUCGGAGUUAUCCUGCAGGCUUAAGUUGAAGCUUUCGUUUUCGUAUUAGAAUAAAUUACAAAAUGUAUAUGUCAUUUUUAAACUGGCCUAAUUUACUGCAUCCCGAUUUAAAUUACAUCUCCAGUAUUCACUUUCAUAAUUGAACAUUGAUCCUUGAGCCGUCUUUGCAAACUCCAAGGCUUGAAUAGAAACCAUUGAUUUAAAUAUUGGCAUGUCAUGUAGCACCUGCAGAAUGAUCCUUUAGUCUGAUGACUGUCACGCAUUCUUUCGUGUUUAAUCAAUUAGAAUUCCUCUUACUUGUGCCCAUUGCUAUGUUUUAGUAUAAACUGUUAUGUAUUGUAUGAGUCAGACCAGCAGAGACC